CUUCAACGGAACAGGAAAGGAUGUGGGGGCGUGGCCCCAACUCCCUGGUAGCUUUGAAGACAAACUACAACUCCCAGGAUAGCCGCGAGAUCUCUGCAGAGCGAAAGGAGUGACUGAACUCUGACUGGAGGCCGGGCUGGUCCGGAACCACCCCGACAGCCUCCAGAAAGGGGCGUGGUUAUGAUUUAGGGGCGUGGCCUUGCAGGCAGCAGGAAGAAGUUACCUGUUGAAUCUUCCUAUCCAUUCUCUUCCCAGCCUUUGUAGCUACCCCUGAGAAGGAAGCCGCAAACCACUAGCCUCUUCUGCAAAAGAGGUAAGGGGACGUAGGCAAGGGGCAGUGAAGGAGGCUAUUGCAUUCCUUAGGAGGGGCCAAACAGCUACUUUCUACCUGCUGAGUCAGGUGAACCGUUCCAUGGGGGCGGGGACCAGCAUAUGAGAAAAGGGCAAGGAUGGAGGAGGUAUUUAUUUGUUCGCUUUCAAGACUAAAUUUAGGGCCCUUCGUCUGCAGACUCAUUGGCGGACUGUGUCUUAGGAACCCUCUUGGCCUCUGGAAGAGAAAAGAACGGGGGCCAGUUUUCCACAGCAAAAGGAACGGGUCGUCUGGGAUUCCUCCCGUCUGUGUAUUUCCUAGCCCCCAAACGACAGAGCCAUAUGGCUUCUGCGGUCUGGGGGAGUGCUCCCUGGUGGGGCCCACCGCCCCCAGCCCCAGCCCGGCCGCUCACGGACAUCGACUUCUGCUCUGGGGCGCAGCUGCAAGAACUAACCCAGUUGAUCCAGGAACUGGGUGUGCAGGCGAGCUGGAGUGAAGGUCCCAAGCCAGGACCAGAUCUCCUCCAGGCCAAGGACUUUGUUUUCUCUUUGCUUGGUCUCGUUCACCGCCGGGACCCUCGCUUUCCUCCUCAGGCAGAGCUCUUGCUGCUUCGUGGCGGGAUUCGCGAGGGCUCCCUGGAUCUGGGGCCUGCGCUUCUAGGUCCCUAUGCUCGGGGACCUCACUACGACGCCGGCUUCACACUCCUGGUGCCCGUGCUUUCGCUAGAUGGCACUGGGCAGGAGCUGCAACCGGACGUGGGAUCCUGUUACGCAUGGCUCUUCCUCCCAGAGCAGGUACGCGGAACCUCGGUCCGGGAGGCAUGGCAGGAUUGCCUAGGACCCCCAGUCCCAGGAGGACGUGAUUCGAUCCACCCAGCCCAAAGCAAAGAAACUCCCAAGGAUCCGCAAAUCUCCGUGGACCAGCUACACGGUGACGUCACUGAGCCUGAGGCACACGCGUCUUUGGAAAAAUCACCUAGCAAUGUUUCAGUGCCAGAGUUGCCUCAACAAGACGUAACCGAUGUUGACUUUCCCUCACCACUGAAAAAAACGAAUGGUGACGUCACCAACGCAGCCGACGUUAGCCCAGUGCCAGUUAGCCCAGUGCCACUGCCGUCGGAGGCUCCAGAGGCAUGGCCCACAUUGUGCCCCGCCCAGGUGGCUGCCUGGUUCUUUGCUUCGCUGGCUGCGGUCGCUGAGUCCCUGUUUCCGGUCCCGGGUGCUCCGCGUUUGGUCCACGCCGCCCGCCACGCGGGGGUCACCACCAUCCUCCUGGCUACGCCCGGGCCCCCGCGCCGCCUCCUGCUUUUCGACUUGAUCCCCGUGGUGUCCGUGGCCGGCUGGCCCCAGGGGGCUCGGAGCCACUCGUGGGCCGGCGCGCUGGCCUCGGAGUCGUCUUCCUUCUACCUGGUGCCCGGCGGCGGCGGCGGCGGCACAGAGCGGCCGGGCGCCUCCGGCUGGCAGCUCUGCUUCGCCCGCCAAGAGCUGGCGCUCAAGACGCGCAUACCCGUUCCCCUGCUGCAAGCGCACGCGGCGGCCCAGGCGCUGCUGCGCCCGCUGGUGGCCGGGACCAGGGUCGCGGCGCCCUACCUCCUGCGGACGUUGCUCUACUGGGCUUGCGAGCGGCUGCCCGCGCUCUAUCUGGCGCGACCCGAGAAUGCGGGCGCCUGCUGCCUCGGGCUGCUGGAUGAGCUGGGCCGGGUGCUCGAGGCCGGGACGCUGCCCCACUAUUUUCUGAGUGGCCAAAAGCUCCGUGCGGGGGACGGCGCCGCUUCGCUGCUCGGGGCGUUGGCCCUGCUUCGCAGGGACCCUGCCCGCGCCCUGCGCGCCGCUGUGGAAGAGGCCAAGGCUGCACGCAAGGGGGGCGGCUUAGCCGGCGUGGGAGGCGGGGCCCAUUAAAGACGCUGUUCC